AUGGUCUCCGCCCACUCCGCUGCUCACCGCCCCAAUGGUCUCCGCCCCACUCCGCUUCUCACCGCCCAAUGGUCUCCGCCCACUCCGCUUCUCACCGCCCCAAUGGUCUCCGCCCCACUCCGCUUCUCACCGCCCCAAUGGUCUCCGCCCCACUCCGCUUCUCACCGCCCAAUGGUCUCCGCCCACUCCGCUUCUCACCGCCCAAUGGUCUCCGCCCACUCCGCUUCUCACCGCCCAAUGGUCUCCGCCCACUCCGCUUCUCACCGCCCCAAUGGUCUCCGCCCACUCCGCUUCUCACCGCCCAAUGGUCUCCGCCCACUCCGCUUCUCACCGCCCAAUGGUCUCCGCCCACUCCGCUUCUCACCGCCCAAUGGUCUCCGCCCACUCCGCUUCUCACUGCCCAAUGGUCUCCGCCCACUCCGCUUCUCACCGCCCAAUGGUCUCCGCCCACUCCGCUUCUCACCGCCCAAUGGUCUCCGCCCACUCCGCUUCUCACCGCCCCAAUGGUCUCCGCCCACUCCGCUUCUCACCGCCCCAAUGGUCUCCGCCCCACUCCGCUGCUCACCGCCCCAAUGGUCUCCGCCCACUCCGCUUCUCACCGCCCAAUGGUCUCCGCCCACUCCGCUUCUCACCGCCCCAAUGGUCUCCGCCCACUCCGCUUCUCACCGCCCAAUGGUCUCCGCCCACUCCGCUGCUCACCGCCCCAAUGGUCUCCGCCCACUCCGCUUCUCACCGCCCCAAUGGUCUCCGCCCCACUCCGCUGCUCACCGCCCCAAUGGUCUCCGCCCACUCCGCUUCUCACCGCCCCAAUGGUCUCCGCCCCACUCCGCUGCUCACCGCCCCAAUGGUCUCCGCCCCACUCCGCUGCUCACCGCUUUCCUUCCAUUUAAAAUCAAUAGGAUGCUGUGUUUCACAGCGUGGUGA